AUGGGGCGACGGGCCGCAGCUGGGGCCCUGCUGGUGGCACUGGUGGUGCUGGGAGCCCCCCCGGCUGCGGGCGCGGAACUCUCAGGGGUGUUCCAGGAGAUGGUUAAGUCCGAGUGUCACUUCAUUAACGGCAACGAGCGGGUGAGGUUCGUGAAGAGGUUCAUCUACAACCGGCAGCAGUACGUGCACUUCGACAGCGACGUGGGGCACUUUGUGGGGGACACCCCAUAUGGCGAGGAGGUUGCCAGGUACUGGAACAGCGACCCGGAAUGGAUGGAGCACCGACGGGAUGCGGUGGACAGGCACUGCCGACACAACUACGAGUUGUCAACCCCGUUCCUCGUGGAGCGCCGAGUGCCCCCCAGCGUGUCCAUCUCGCUGGUGCCCCCCUCGAGCUCCCAGCCCGGCCCCGGCCGCCUGCUCUGCUCCGUGAUGGAUUUCUACCCUGCUGCCAUCCAGGUGAGGUGGUUCCAGGCCCAGCAGGAGCUCUCGGAGCACGUGGUGGCCACCGACGUGGUCCCCAACGGGGACUGGACCUACCAGCUGCUGGUGCUGCUGGAAACGCCGCCCCAGCGCGGGCUCAGCUACAGCUGCCAGGUGGAGCACGUCAGCCUGGAGCAGCCCCUGAGGCGGCACUGGGAGAUGCCGCCGGACACCGCCCGCAGCAAGAUGCUGAUGGGCAUCGGGGGCUUCGUCUUGGGCUUCGUCUUCCUGGUGCUGGGGCUCGGCUUCUCCCUGUGCAGGAAGCUCCUGAGCCGGCGGUGA